UCAGUUAUUGCCUCCGGGAGUGUAGGUCUCUCAGUCUGUCCCCAACACACCCCUUCACUUUUCUUUUAGUCUUUCAACCCGCUGUUAAUAUUAUAAAGAUGCUUUGAUCCUUCUUCUUAGGCAUCCCUAAAGCUUUAUCUCCAGACUCUCAACUGAGGAAAUCACCUCUUUCUUCUCCCAGGCCUACCUCUGCUUUUACGAGCCUCCUAUAUAGGUCUCUUUUCUGCUCUUGAGACCUUUUGGAAAUCAGUCACUAGGUGCUUUUUAAGAACCCAUUUCUUCACAUCCGGUUUUCCCUUGGUCACUCUCAACUUCUUCCUGCUUCUAGGGGUAACUUCCAGAAAUCCCCUUUUUCCUCUCAAAAUUUUCCUUCAUUGUCUAACGUUUUCCCAGUCCCAGCCCCUCCCUCCUCUCAGUGUUCCCUUCAGGGCUUCCCUCUUUACGGAGUUCUCAGAAAUCUUUCCAAGCUUCUCAGCUUUAAGGGUUCUCUCAGACUUUUCUCAUUAGAGUGCCCUCUUUCUUCUGCUUCCUCUCAGAACCUGUAUUCUCUCUGGAAUUCUUGCCUCUUGACUGAGGUCCCCUCACUCCACCUUCUGGACUUUCCCCCUGCCUUUCUCACUCAGAGCUUUCCUCACACCCUUCCUUUUCUCAUGUGGAUUUCAGACCCUUCCCAUUUCCUUUGGGAAAUCCCUUCAGGCUUCUGUUUUCAAGUCCUUCAUUUUCCAUCUGAAGCGCUACAGGGAAGCCAGUCUUUCCCUCAUACUCCAGCCCUUUUAUUUUACACCCAGAAUUCUCUUGGGAUUCUUUACUCCGUUGGCUCCUUCUCUCUCAAACUACCCUUUUCUGCCUGGAUUUUUACAGUGAAAAAGCAGUCUGGCUCCCGAGGUCCACCCCUUAUACCCCAAGGUCCAGAUGGCGGCCAACGUGGGUGAUCAACGUAGCACGGAUUGGUCCUCUCAGUACAGCAUGGUGGCCGGGGCAGGCAGAGAGAAUGGUAUGGAGACUCCUAUGCAUGAGAACCCGGAGUGGGAGAAGGCCCGCCAGGCCUUGGCUAGCAUCAGCAAAGCAGGAGCCGCCAGCAGCUCCACUAAGGCCAGCAGCAAUGGGCCUGUGGCCAGUGCACAAUAUGUGUCACAGGCAGAAGCCUCGGCUUUGCAGCAGCAGCAGUACUACCAGUGGUACCAGCAGUACAACUAUGCCUACCCCUACAGCUACUAUUAUCCCAUGAGCAUGUACCAGAGCUACGGCUCCCCCUCCCAGUAUGGGAUAACCAACUCCUAUGGCUCAGCUACACCCCAGCAGCCAUCGGCACCCCAGCACCAGGGGACUCUGAACCAGCCCCCAGUCCCCGGCAUGGAUGACAGCAUGUCUUACCAGGCUCCCCCUCAGCAGCUGCCAGCAGCCCAACCCCCUCAGCCCUCAAACCCCCCACAUGGGGCUCAUGGUCUGAGCAGUGGUCCGCAGCCAGGGACAACUCAGGCCGCACAGCACAGCCAGGCGGGGCCUGCCUCGAGUCAGGCCUAUGGGCCACACACCUACACAGAGCCUGCCAAGCCCAAGAAGGGCCAACAGCUAUGGAACCGCAUGAAGCCAGCCCCAGGGACUGGCGGUCUCAAGUUCAACAUACAGAAACGGCCUUUUGCUGUCACCAACCAGAGCUUUGGCUCCAACGCAGAGGGCCAGCACAGCAGCUUUGGGGCCCAGCCCAACCCUGAGAAAGCCCAGAGUCACAGUGGGCCUUCUGCCCGGGGGAACUUGUCUGGGAAGCCUGAUGAUUGGCCCCAGGACAUGAAGGAGUAUGUGGAGCGAUGUUUCACUGCCUGUGAGUCAGAGGAGGACAAGGACCGGACGGAGAAGCUUCUCAAGGAGGUUCUGCAGGCCCGGCUGCAGGACGGCUCCGCCUACACCAUUGACUGGAGCCGGGAGCCUCUGCCAGGGCUGACCCGGGAGCCUGUGGCUGAGAGCCCCAAGAAGAAGCGGUGGGAGGCCCCUAGCAGUCUUCACCCUCCCAGGGGGGCAAGCUCAGCGACAAGGGGCGGGGGUGUCCAGUCCCAGCGAGGGACACCAGGGGCUGGGGGUGCUGGCCGAGCCCGGGGCAGCAGCUUCGCUAAGUUUGGCAACCGCAAUGUCUUCAUGAAGGAUAACAGCUCUUCCUCUAGCACGGACUCCCGCUCCCGCUCCUCCUCCAGGUCCCCGACUCGCCACUUCCGCAGGAGUGACUCCCACUCAGAUUCCGACAGUUCCUACUCAGGGAAUGAGUGUCACCCUGUGGGCCGCAGGAACCCACCCCCCAAGGGCCGGGGUGGUCGAGGGGCCCAUAUGGAUCGGGGCCGAGGCAGGGCGCAGCGUGGAAAGAGACAUGAUCUAGCUCCCACCAAGCGCAGCCGCAAGAAGAUGGCAGCACUGGAGUGUGAGGACCCAGAGCGUGAGCUGAAGAAGCAGAAACGGGCAGCCCGCUUCCAGCAUGGACACUCCCGCCGCCUGCGCCUUGAGCCCCUGGUGCUGCAGAUGGGUAGCCUAGACAGCAGUGGAGCUGACCUUGACUGGCAGGAGCUGCAGAUCGUGGGCACCUGCCCUGACAUCACCAAGCACUACUUGCGUCUCACCUGUGCCCCUGACCCUUCCACUGUGCGCCCCGUGGCAGUUUUGAAAAAGUCACUGUGCAUGGUCAAGUCCCACUGGAAAGAGAAGCAAGACUAUGCCUUUGCCUGUGAGCAGAUGAAGUCAAUCCGGCAGGAUCUUACGGUGCAAGGUGUCCGCACUGAGUUCACAGUGGAGGUGUAUGAGACCCAUGCCCGCAUUGCCUUGGAAAAGGGUGACCACGAAGAGUUUAACCAGUGCCAGACACAGCUCAAAUCACUGUAUGCUGAGAACUUGCCUGGCAACGUAGGCGAGUUCACUGCCUACCGGAUCCUCUACUACAUCUUCACCAAGAACUCGGGAGACAUCACCACGGAGCUAGCGUACCUCACACGGGAACUGAAGGCAGACCCUUGCAUGGCCCAUGCCUUGGCGCUGAGGGCAGCCUGGGCCCUGGGCAACUACCAUCGCUUCUUUCGGCUCUAUAGUCAUGCACCAUGUAUGUCUGGCUACCUCGUGGACAAGUUUGCAGACCGGGAGCGCAAGGCUGCCCUCAAGGCAAUGAUCAAAACGUAUGUGGCACUGAGCUCUCUGUCCUCUGCUCUUCUGGCCUGCUGCUGUCUUGUCCCCCUCAACACACACUCCUGGCUGCAGGAUAUCUCCUUGCUCCUGUCUUCUGGUCUCUGUCACCCACAUCCUGGUCCCCUCUCCCCACCUCUUCUUUCUCCACUCAGCCCUCUUCUCUUCAGCCCCUCUUGCUUUCCUCCUCAUAGUGGUUCUCUGUUCCAGGCUACUGUUCUGUGUCUGUUCCUCCUCCCAGUGUUUUUGUUUCACUACUCCUGGGUUCCCUUCUCCAUCCCUCCCUGUACUUCUCUCUUCCUUCUCUUUACACCAUCCUAAACCCUAG